AUGUCAACUAACUCAAAAUUUGCGCAAGUUGAACAAUCCUCGGCUAGCAAGCCACCGUUCCUUACAGCAGGGGAACUCACACCUGAAGUCUUAUGCACCUGGGAGAUGGGUUGUACCCAAUUCUUCUUACACAAAGAGGUGAAAGACGUAGAGAUGGUGAAGAAAGUCGCCUGGGGAAUGCAGGAACCUGUUAUGCAGGACUGGUAUAGUAACAACCAGGCGCGCUUGGACGCACUCACCUUUAAAGACUACAUGGCAGAAGUAUGCAGUUACUGGCUGCCUUCGGGUUGGGCCGACUCAGUUAGGAGGAAGAUGCUGGCGUCGAUGCAGGGUCAGCAACCUUUCCAUGAGUGGGCGGUCAAUUUUCAAGGCCAGAACACUCUCCUACGUGGAACAUUGUCGCAUCUCAAGGACGACAGCAUCCUUUACCAUCUUGAGGCCCACAUGAACUCAGACUUGGCGGCAGAUUAUCAAGCUGAAAACAUCACAGAGACCAAGUUAUGCAAGUGGAUCGAAAAGGUUUGGCUCCUUGACGAAAGAUGUUUACGAUAUGUCGUGCAACAGAAAGACACCAUGGAGGCAGCACUUCGUGCAGAACAUGCACGCUCCGCUGGAGGGAAGAAACUGACGGUGGGGACAUGUUUCAACUCCAAGGCUGGACAAAUGACCAAUAAUGCUUCGUCUGCAUCCAAACCUUUCACGUGUCUACCGUCCUUAACAGAAGAUGAAUGUCAGCUACUUUGCGAUAAUGAUGGAUGCUUUAAGUGUCGUGAGCCUUUCGCAGGACAUGGAUCUGCUACCUGCAAGAAGGGUUUCCCCAAUGGUGCUACAUACAAAACCUUGAUGGCCGUGCUCAUCGUGUCGAAACGAGCAAAGAAGGACAAAGGUAUCAUAGCGGCCGUAGAGGCAGAGGAGAGUGACACUGUAGCAGUGGUUAUGCCGUCCACUGUGCUAGAAGGCUCAGAUUCUGGCGAAGAGUGCGUGGCUCCAUUACAGACCCCCCAUCUCCGCUGGGAAUGUUUUGUGGACAGACCAGCUGUUUUUUCUCCUCUAAAUGUUUCUGCGCUGAUUGAUCAUGGCUCGUCCUUAGUUCUGAUUGGUGAAGGCCUCGUCAACAAACUCGGACUACAUUGCCGGAAGCUGCCCAAACCAAUUCUGGUCUCACUCGCACUCUCUCAAGACAAAUCCUGUAUUCUCUUGCAUUUUGUGAAGUUAUCGUGUAGCUCGCUCGACCAAGCUUACAAGUUUCGCACUGUACGUGCAAUUAUCACACCAAAUCUUUGUACACCCCUACUGUUAGGAGGCCCUUUUCUUGAACAUAAUUGCAUUGUUGUUGACCAUGAGCUAUGUACUUGUAUUGUUAAAGAUGCUAACUACAACCUUUUGCAGCACACAGUGCCAAAGCCAACUACAGAACAUCUGAAACAUGUGUCUGCUUCAGGACCAGACUUAUUCUGGAUGAAGCAUGACGUCGUUCAAGAGCUCAAACACGUUCUCCCAGAGUUGAAAGGUAUUGUGGAUGCUGAAUGUGAGGACGUGAAGGGCAUCAACAUUGUGGCGACUAUCAGUUCGACUAUUGCCAGACUGGAGUACCAAGGAGAACUAAAGGCAUGCGACGCUUGA